CUCUCUCUCUCCAUCUGCGCGUCAUCACACUGCGCCUCCCUGUUGAUUAUCAUUGGCGCCAAAGAGGAUUGGAGAAGCACUACCUGCCCGCAGCUUGUCCAAAAAUAAAGAAAAUAUUUUGACAUAUGAUUAGCAAUGGACAUCCGGAGGUUUUUUACGUCCACCAAGCCUGUGGCCCAGAAAGCUUCAAAUGGAAGCACAAGCACAAGUACUGAUGAAGAGCAGAAGAAGAAACAAAAAUCAAGACCUAAGGUCAAAAGCCCCAAAUCUGAUGAGAAACCCAGCGGGAAAAGAAAGAAAAGAGUUAUAGUUGAUUCAGACUCUGAAGAAGAGAAGAAGGUAAAGACCAAAAAGAGCACUAAAGAGACUUCUAUCCCCACAGAGAAGAAACACCCAGUAACUUAUGUGUCUGAUUCUGAUUCGGAUGGAACAUUUGAGACUCUGAAAAAGCCCAAACCUAAAGAGAAUGGAACGGCUAAAGGCAAGAAGGAAUCAGAUUCAGGAAAAGCAAAACAAGUGAAAGUCUCCUCCAGCAAAUCCCCAGUCAAAUCCCCCAGCACGGUGAAGGGAGGGGUGAAGAGUUCUCAACCCACCGUUUCCCCUAAGGUGGCACCAACCCCACCAAAACAGAUGCCCACAUCAGUAAUGGCUUUUUUUGGGAGUUCAAGUGUUCAGAGGUCGGAGAAGAAAAUGGUGGCCAGUAGCAGCACUAAGAGGAAGGCACCACUGGAAACUGAUGAGUCACUCAGUGAUGAAGCCAUUGCAAAAGAACUUCAGAUGGAUGAAGACAAGGAGCUGGAAAAGCAGAUUCAUGAUGAUGAGGAAUUUGCUAGGACAUUAGCCAUGCUGGAUGAUGCUCCCUUACCAAAAAAGGCUCGGGUAGACUCUAUCUCCCCAUCCAAGAGCAGCUCUCAGGCGAUUGCCUCGGACAUCAAGCCCAAAAAGGACUUGUCCCCUAAAACAAGUCCUGUGAAGACCAGCUCCAAACUGGCUCAAAUGAAAAGACGCCAAGAAGAACGGGACGAGCAAGGGAAAAAAGACAAAGGUGAAAAGCAGAUUAAGAUCUCUCCUAAGAAAGAGCCCAUCUCUCCGACUAGCUCAGAGCGUGCAGCUACGCCAAAAACAGCAAGUGCUUCUGCAGGAAUGGCAAAAUCAAGAAAUUUGUCCACACCUAAAAGUGAAAGUGUCCCCAGUAAAACCUCACCAACCAAACCAGAGAAUACAAGUCCAGAUGACCUGGAGAAAAAACGGGCAAAUUCAUCAGCCUACCGUAGCUAUCUGAACAGAGAAGGACCACGAGCUCUGGGCUCUAAAGACAUACCACAGGGCGAAGAGAACUGUCUGGAGGGCUGUGUGUUUGUGUUGACUGGUGUUUUGGAGUCUAUGGAGAGGGAUGAGGCUAAAUCACUAAUAGAGCGAUAUGGCGGGAAAGUGACAGGAAACGUCAGCCGUAAAACCACUUACCUUGUUCUGGGACGAGACAGCGGAGUCUCAAAGACUGAGAAGGCGGAAAGUUUCGGCACCAAGAUUAUUAAUGAAGAUGAGUUAUUGGAUCUCAUAAGAACCAAACCAGGCAAGAAGUCUAAAUAUGAGAUUGCAGCAGAAGCAGAGAAUAAAUCCUCUAAAACAAGGACUCCAGACUCCAGAGGCAAAGUCGCUUCUUCAGCCAAGAAGGCCACACCACAAGGGCCAAGCCCAAAUAAGAGAAGCUCUUCAGGGGGAAAGUCUAAGCCUGGAUCUGCCUCUAAAUCUGGAGCCCGUGGGGCCUCUUGUUCAGAGGUCAAAAAGAGCUUGAGCUUUGAUCAAACAAAGACAGCAUCCCCUGUAUCCCACUCUGCCCCAGAGAAUGAUGGAAGCAGCCUGUUGUGGGUGGAUAAGUACCGUCCACGCAGUCUAAAAAACCUGAUUGGACAGCAGGGGGAUCAGAGUUGCGCUAACAAGCUCUUACGUUGGCUACAGAGCUGGCAUAAACACCACAGUGGCAAUGCAAAAGCACCAGCACCCAAAUUUGGUAAAUUUGGGAGUAAAGAUGACGGUUCUGGAUUUAAGGCUGCAUUGUUAUCUGGACCCCCUGGUGUUGGGAAGACCACUACUGCUGCUCUCGUUUGUGAGGAGUUGGGUUACAGCUAUGUGGAGAUGAAUGCGAGCUGCACCCGCAGUAAGAACAGCUUAAAGGAGGUCAUCGCAGAAUCACUUAACAACACCAGCAUUAAGAACUUCUACACCGGUGCAUCACAGACAGUGAGCAGUAAACACGUUCUUAUAAUGGACGAGGUGGACGGCAUGGCAGGAAAUGAAGACAGAGGAGGAAUACAGGAGAUGAUUGGUCUGAUAAAACAGUCAAAGAUUCCCAUCAUCUGUAUGUGUAAUGACCGCAAUCAUCAGAAGAUCCGCUCGCUGGCCAACUAUUGCUAUGACCUGCGCUUUCAGAGACCCCGCGUUGAGCAGAUCAAGGGAGCUAUGAUGUCUAUAGCUUUUAAGGAGGGUUUGAAGAUUCCACCCCCAGCACUUAAUGAAGUCAUCCUAGCAUCCAAUCAGGAUAUCCGACAGGUGCUGCAUAAUCUGAGCAUGUGGUCAGCUAAAGACAAAGUUAUGACCUAUGACCAGGCCAAAGCUGAUGCUAACAAUGCUAAGAAGGACAUGAAACUAGGUCCAUUUGAUGUUUGUCGAAAGGUGUUUGCUUUAGGAGAGGAAACAGCUCACAUGUCUUUGAUCGACAAAUCAGACCUUUUCUUUCAUGAUUACUCUUUAGCACCACUCUUUGUCCAAGAAAACUACCUGCAUGUCCGACCAGCCGCUGCAGGGGGAAAUCUGAAGAGUCAUUUGGUGUUGCUGAGUAAAACGGCGGACAGCAUUUGCGAUGGAGAUUUAGUGGACAGACAGAUUCGCUCUAAACAGACUUGGUCUCUGCUUCCCACACAGGCGAUCUAUGCAAGCGUGUUGCCAGGGGAACUGAUGCGUGGUUACAUGAGUCAGUUCCCAAACUUUCCAAGCUGGUUGGGCAAAUUUUCCUCAUCGGGCAAACACAGCCGCAUCAUACAGGAGCUGGCCUCACACAUGAGCCUCAAGACCUUAAGUAGUAAGGAAGCAGUAAAUCUGGAUUACCUGCCCUAUUUGCGCUCAGCAGUAUUAAAACCUCUUCAGUCCCUAGGCUCAGAGGGAGCCAAUCAGAGCGUGAAGCUCAUGGAUGAUUAUGACAUCAUUAAAGAGGAUGUUGAUAACAUGAUGGAGAUCAGCACAUGGGAUGGACAGCCGGAUCCGUACUCUAAACUAGACUCCAAGGUGAAAGCUGCGUUUACAAGAGCCUACAACAAAGAAUCUCAUCUCACGCCAUACUCCUUACAAGUGGUGAAGAAAAGUCGUAAAGGUGCAGUUGACCCUGAGCUUCUAGGAGAGCUUGACAAUGAAUCUCAGGUGCAGGAAGAGGAAGAAGAUGAUGGGCUUGGUGCAGAUGCAAUGAUAAAGCAGAAAAAGUCCAAACCAGCAAAAGAAACCAAACCAGCAAAAGAUGUUAAGAAAGAGAAACCAGGGCCUUCUGGGAAGGGGAAAGGCCGGGGUAAAGGAAAGACCAAGAACUGAGAUAAACAGGAGGGACUGAGAGACAGAAAGGCCUCGUUUCCCCCUGUUUUCAUAAAGAUGUGAGUGGCUGAAUGACAUCAGCUCUAUAAACAGAACUUUUGUAUGUGUGAGUCAUACUUGUGCACUUCCUUAAAGCCAUCACUCAGCUUAAGCAGACGCUGGACCACACAUUCUCCCACUCCACUUCUUAUAUUGUUCACAAUUCAUCAAGCAUAUCAGACUGAACGCAUGCAUCAUACUGUUCACACAUAGUGCUAAAGCUUUAUUCGUCUCAAAGGUAAACCGUAUAUUAAGGGCACUUAAUGUCAUCUCACUCAUGUAACCCUCAUGACAAAAAACAUGAGCAUUUUAAUGUGUUAGUGUCUGAUUCUCGCAGCCUUUUCACUCACUAAACAUGCCAAUCCACUGUACUUGGUGACCACACAUACAAUGUAAAUAUCUGCCGUAUUUCUUUGGAUGUUACUUCUAAUACUUGCAGAUUUAUAGAUAUAUAAACGAUCGCUUUCUUAGUGUUUUCUAUGACAGCACUUUUGGAUACAGUCUGAUAGUGUGUGAUAUUAGCCUGAAGAUUAUUCUGUACAUGACUUAAUGUGUGUGAUUCAAUAAUUAAAAGGGGAAUUAUGUCGUAGUGAA